AUACGUUCGUUGGUUAAAGCAGUCGUCAAAAUCAAGUGCGAUUUGUGUGGUGCAAAGAAUUGUGAAUUCGUCGUAACUACAUCGAAUUCAUAUUUGCCAAAUCCUGAAUUCUAGCAAAAGAAAAGAUUCACAUUUUUUCACAAACGUUUCUUUUUUUCAUUAAAAUAUUUUAAUUAGAAAUAUUAGUAAGAAAAUUUUAAUAAUUCUUAUUGAAUAUUCAUUCGGAUUGUUUGGUGAGCUUUGCUACACAACACAAUUGUGAGGAGCGGCGGCUUCACAGAAGACCUCUCGUGGAAAAAAAGAAAAAUCAUACACACAAGAAAUUUGUAAUCAAAUUUUAACAGCAUAAAAUGGCGUUAAAAAGAAUUAAUAAGGAAUUACAAGAUUUGGGCAGAGAUCCACCGGCACAAUGUUCUGCUGGUCCAGUUGGCGAUGAUUUAUUUCACUGGCAGGCAACAAUAAUGGGACCGCCUGACAGCCCGUACCAAGGAGGCGUGUUUUUCUUAACAAUUCACUUUCCAACAGACUAUCCAUUCAAACCACCCAAAGUGGCUUUUACAACGCGCAUAUACCAUCCAAAUAUAAACAGUAAUGGGUCUAUUUGCCUCGAUAUAUUGAGAUCUCAAUGGUCGCCAGCACUUACUAUAUCAAAAGUUUUAUUAUCAAUUUGCUCUCUACUCUGUGAUCCAAAUCCAGAUGAUCCUCUUGUUCCAGAGAUUGCAAGAAUAUAUAAAACUGAUCGAGAAAAAUAUAAUGAAUUGGCACGAGAAUGGACUAGGAAGUAUGCUAUGUGAUGCGUUCCAGUUUGUAUAAUUGAAUCGUCGUCGUCGAUGUCGUCGUCGUUGUUGUUGUUGUCGUCGUCGUCGUCUUCAACAUCAUCAUCACCACCGUCGUCGCUCUCGUCGUCGACGUCGUUAAUGUUGCCGACGUUGUCGUCGAUGUUGUCGUCUUCUUCGUCGAUGCCGUCGUCAUGGUCCUCAUCGCCGACUUUGUCGUCAUCAUCAUUAUUCUUAUUCUUAUAUUUCAACUUAAUUAUAAUAUUAUUGUCGUCGUCAAAUGGUUACAACAACAACAAAUACAACAACAACAACCACAUCUACAACUAUUUAAAUAAAUUCAAUAAUAAUAAUAAUAAUACCAACAGCAACUACUAUAACAACAAGAACAAACGCAGCAGCAACAACAACAACAACAGCAUCAUCCGCAGCAGCAUCAGCAACAAUAACAGCAACAACAACAACAACAAUAUAAUAUUGAGAGAAUAAACAAAUAAACAACAACAAGUAAUGUGUUUUGUAAAGAGAAAGAUGAUUUGAAGGAUUAAACAAAAAUAAAAAUAAAGGAAAACAAAAACAAAAAAUGAAAUAAGAAUUUUGCUACUACACACACACACUCACACUCAACUCAAUACACCACUACAACAACAGAAACAACUUAAUUAGCGACAUAAAACAGAUUGUGAGAAUGCUCUUAAAAAUGAGAAUACAAUUAAAUAAAAAAAAGUAAAACAACAAAAAUAUAUAUAAAAAAAUUAAUAAAAAUACCAAUACUACCAAGAACAACAUUACUACACAAACACACAGGUCCCCCUUCUACCCUAUCCCCCAACAACUCAGCCAACACACACACACACACGAACCCCAACAUAAACAUACUACAUAUAAAUAAAAGCAUGAUGAUGUGAAAGAAAAAAAAUUUAAUUAUUAAUAAUAAUAAUAAAUAUAAAAUCCAUUUAUUCAGUUUAAUUUACAAGAAAACAAAAACAAAAACAAAAUAAAAAAAAUCAGUAAACAAAUUUUAAGAAACCAACACAACGCAGCACUUGCAAAUUGAUUUGAAGCCAAAAAGAUUAAAAUUAUGUUGUAUAACCCUUGACUAUCUCUGCAGCCCUUGACUACUGUCUGUCUUUGUCAGCCCUGCCCGAACGCCCGCCCAACCCCCCAAAACUGUCCUUCAAGAAGCCCUUUUGUUCAUUCAUCUUUUCUGCCACAAUGGUGAAUUAAAUGAUAGAAUUAAAUUAUUUUUAAUUUACAGUUCACGUAUAAAUAUAAAUAUAUAUUUAAUAAAAAGACUUGGGAAUUCUA